AUGACGCCUUUACUGCUAAGACAAGUGUACCUGACACUUUCCGUAUUAUGUUUUGUGACAUCAGCAACCAUGUGUCCCCACGAUGACGUAACUCUAUUACGAUGGAGUGAUGCAGCUACUUGGCCUAACAAUAAGCUUCCAGAAGCUGGAGCUAACGUCAGUAUAGCUGACCAUAUUCUCUUGGACGUGUCACCUCUCGCUUUGUUCGGAUUAACGAUAGAAAAAAACGCCAAACUUGUGUGGAGUCCGGAGGGAGAUUUCCAUUUGAUUACAAACUUCAUCCAUGUAAAAGGGGCGCUCCACAUUGGUUCUGAGACAUGCCCAUUUGAGGCAAACGCUCGGAUUUCAUUGACUGGUGAUCGUCAAGAAUAUUCGAUACCCAAUUUCGGUGAGAAGUUUGUCGGAGUGGACAAUGGAGGAACACUGGAAAUCCACGGGAAAAAGAAGCUCGCGUGGACUAAGUUAACUCGUACGGUUCCUCGGCUACAGAAGACCAAUGGACUGGUCUUUUCCUCUACUGCUGACCGUCCAACAGGACAGCAAAAAGAGGGAUUGGGUAUUUACACAUUUAACUCUGAUGGUGGACUCUACAGCUUCAAAAUAUACCCAACUAGUGGAAUAUCAAGCACAGAGGCGACUGAAUCUAUUAACGAUAUUGUCUCCCAUCUGUCGGGUAUCCCCAAUGGCAAAGUUGUCCUUAUGGGUGCUCAGUACACUAUGGUAUCGGACCAAAUCCAGGUUGAUUUCUCCCCCGUUUUUAAUGCCAUUGAGGCCAUAGCUGGUAUUUCGCAAGGUCAAGGACAAAUCAGACGUAUCGGAAGAUUCGACGCUUACGCCCUUGCAACUGUAAAAGGUGAUCCAACUAAAACAAUGGAGACAUUGAGCCCUGUGCAACACUACUAUCAAACAGCAAUGGCUAGUGUGGAUGUAAACGACCUGAAGAUGAUAGCAAUAAGCAAAACCACAUCAAAAAGUAUAACUGUAUGGCAAAACCACAGGGUUGAGUUUAAAGUCGUGAAGAAAGCAAACAGCGUUCUUGUUCUGGACGUGGUUGAUGAUGUCAGCUCAUGGCAAGAAGGUGACCACUUGUUGCUGACUUCGACUGACUACGACAUGGAAAAAGCUGAAGAAACGAUCGUUGUUAGAUGUACGGACUGCACCAAUAAACAGGUCAAGGUGGCAUUUCUUCCACAAUUCAUGCACUACGGCGAAGUGGAAUAUAACGUCGAUAUGAGAGGCGAGGUGGCGCUACUGUCGCGAAAUAUUGUUAUAGAGGGCGUCAUGAAUUCUUUUUGCCCUACAGUAAACGGUAACUGUAACGACUACGCUUACGACACAUUUGGCGGACAUGUGAAGAUGUUGAAAGGUUUUGCUGACGUACACAUUGAAGGGGCAGAGUUCUACCACCUUGGCAAACAGACAGACCAAGGUCACUAUCCCAUUCACUUCCAUAUGUGUGAGGACGUUGACAGCCCCGAGUAUUCUAAGCCAACUUACAUUAGGAACAACUCAAUCCACCACACCUUCGGCAGGUGUGUCACAGUCCAUGGAACUCACGGUCUCGUGUUGAUGGACAACGUGGCUUAUGAAUCUCUCGGUCAUUGCUACUUCCUAGAAGAUGGCGGGGAGAAGAGAACGUUGUUUGAUGGCAAUCUCGGGGCCAGUACAAGAGAAGGAUUACUUAUAUCAUCAGAUAGCGAACCAACCACUUUCUGGAUCACGAACCCCAUUACAACAUUGAGGAACAAUGUCGCCGCCGGAAGUCAGGCUAAGGGAUAUUGGUAUCUUUAUCCGGAUCUUCCAAUGGGUUUGUCCGCCACCAAAGGGUUCAUGCAAAGGGAAGAGGCUAAAUACACUGCCAUUACGGAGUUCUACAACAAUAUCGCACAUUCCAACAAGGAUGGACUUUUCAUUGAUAACGCUCUCGAUGAAAUUACUGGUGAUAUUAUUAUUGAAACUACUUACCAACCGAAGGAGGAUCCACUUGAUAAAACAUCUCCGGACAAACAUGUCAUUCUUGAGCGACUGACUGCCUACCAGAACGACAGAAAUGCCUGGAUUAAAGGAGGCUGGCUUACUUUACUUAAAUCAUCACUUGCUGGGAGUGUCACGUCACUUGUCCUUGUUGGGGCGUUUAGUCAAAAACAAUUUCUUUCAAAAGGGGUAGUUCUAGGAGAGACGAAUAAUAUUGGCGACCCUGAUUGGGGGUUUGGUAUGGAAGGACGGAGAAUGUUGCAACGUUCCGUACCGCGAAGAUAUGAUUAUAAUGUACCUAUCCAAGGUGUAGCGUUCUAUGUUGGACCUUCUUACGUAUUUGAUACGUUCUUUGGGAAUUUCACGUCGGACCAAUACAGAAAGGCAGGUGCACUGGGAUUUAAGAGAAACAAUAAAGUCAGUACUUCGCCAAUCAGUGGCAGCAAAAACGUCAAAUUUGGAUUCCCUGAUUCAAUCCUCACUGGUAACAGAGUUUAUGAUGGUAACAGCAGCAUACAUGGAUUCGGCGACUUGGAUGGAGAUUUGGCCUCGAAAUUUGUAGAUAUGGAUGGAACGGUUACAUCGAUCCCCGACAGUUCUGUUGUAAGGAACGAACCGUAUAUGGUUACAACUGACUGCUGGUUUCGUGAUUCUUGGAACUUGGCUGUUUGUCCUAACAGAUAUAUAGAGAUGAAGUUUCAAGUCAGGUCAUCAGGGGAUGACUCGCUGAAGCCAUUUGUGUCACGUGACGACAUACCAGAGCACCCGAGACAUCUUUCAUCAAGUGCAAAUGCUUUCACUAACAGUUUCUCAAUGAUAGCUGAUGGAAAACAUAGCUAUUCUGUUCACUGGUCUGUAAGGUCGCCGUCAGAGUAUCAAAUUGUAAUGCGUGGAAUGGUAAGAGAUUAUCCCAUACGCAUUGGAUUCUGCCUAUCACGCAACGCACAGUUUAUCCUGAUGUCAUGGUAUCCUAAAGUUGCUUGGGGCACGACAGCGUGGAUUAAAGUGAAUAGCAUACAGGAGAUAGACGACGACACUGUAGGGGCAAAAUACCACUAUAACAGCAACACAGGGAUGUUGUAUGUAAAGAUGAGGACUCUGGAGGACCGAGCAGAUAGAAAUUACUAUGACUGUACGAGCAACACAUGUCCCAUAUUACGUAUACGUAUCACAGCAGGCAAUCUAACCGACGCAGAUUGUAGUCAGAGAGAUACACCAACACCCCCUGCUCCUCAGGAAACGACUUUGGACUCUGAACAAAUGACAGUUAUGAACAGUAUACAAACCCAAACUGACGUAUAUUAUAACGGACCAGAUGCGGACUGGGGUGCCGGUCUAACUCUGCCCUUCACCACAAGAGAAGUAGUGGAUGGUGGAUAUAGCGAGUGGACGGAAUGGGCAGAAUGUAGCGCCGAGUGUGGAGGUGGAACGGUUAUUAGGAAUCGGGCGUGCGACAGUCCAAGUCCAAAAAAUGGAGGACAAGAAUGUGCUGGUCUGAAUCAGGAAAUGAAAAGUUGUAACACCCAUAUUUGUCAUGUAGACGAGGAACAACCUAGACGGUAUGAUUGA